UACCUAGUGUGUAAAAGAAAGCUGGAGAGUAAAAAGGAAGCCUUGCUGAUCCUCUCCAAGGAGCUGGACACAUGCCAGCAAGAAAGGGACCAGUACAAACUCAUGGCCAAUCAGCUUCGAGAGCGCCACCAGUCCCUGAAGAAGAAGUACCGGGAGCUGAUAGAUGGAGAUCCGUCACUGCCCCCUGAAAAGAGGAAACAGAGAGGGCAAGUAAGGACACUUCCUUGGUUUCAGAUUGAGUCUCUGGAGCAUGACCUGCAGGCCUCUGUGGAUGAGCUUCAGGACGUUAAAGAAGAACGGUCUUCCUACCAGGACAAAGUGGAGAGGCUCAACCAGGAGCUAAACCACAUCCUGGGUGGGCACGAGAACCGCAUCAUUGACGUGGAUGCCCUCUGUAUGGAGAACAGGUACCUUCAAGAGCGAUUAAAGCAACUCCACGAAGAGGUCAACCUCUUGAAAUCAAACAUCGCCAAGUACAAGAAUGCUCUCGAGAGACGGAAAAACUCGAAAGGCCAGAGUAAAUCUAGCAGCAGCGCGCUGACUGGAGUCCUGUCUGCAAAGCAAGUUCAGGAUCUGUUAUCUGAAGAUCAUGGGUGCAGUCUCCCAGCUACUCCACAGUCCAUUUCUGAUCUGAAAUCUCUGGCAACGGCCCUGCUGGAGACAAUCCACGAGAAAAACAUGGUCAUCCAGCACCAAAGGCAGACCAACAAAAUCCUAGGGAAUCGGGUGGCUGAACUGGAGAAAAAAUUAAGAACUCUGGAAGUUUCUGGUUUGUGGAGUCUUCCAGGCCUGAGCUACAACGUUUCAGUAGGAUUCGGGAGGGGCAAGGACACCAUACUGUUCAGUGACCCUGCUCUUCCCACCAUACAGCGAUCAAGAUCCCCACUGCUGAAGUUCAUCGAGCAGCCCACUGAGAACAAAGCAAAUUCUGAGGACGUUCCACAUAUGUGUUUAAUAAUCCAUUCCUCAGAAGGAAGAUGAGGCCUGCUUUUGCGC